GGCCUUGGUGAGACUGGCAGACAGGAUUAACUGAGAAUUCACAAGGGUGGGUCGGAGGGGGGUGUGCCCACCAGGAGGGGUGGGUCUAAGGUGAUAGAGCCUUCAUUAUAAAUCUAGAGCCUCCAGGAUGUUAACGUUUUGCUGGUCUCAGCUGGUUGCCUCCAGUUACUGCGGAGGCGACUCACUUCAUUCCAACUUUCUGAUACUUUCUUCUGGAGAUCAUAUUUCUCUAAAACCUUCCAGGAAAAAGUCUUAAGGCUGCCUUAGCCUUUUUUCCAGUCCAGGUCUUAAUUUUUUUCCUCCUCUUCCCCAAUAAUAACAUGAGUAUGGAUCCAGUUUGUUCACAAAGCCUGCCUUGCUCCGAAGCAUCCGACUGUGGAGAAUCUUCACCUACGCCUGUGAUUUGUGAGCCUGAAGAAAAUUAUCCAUCCUUGCAAAUGUGUUCUGCUGAGAUGCCUCACACAGAGACUGUCUCCCCUCUUCCUUCCUCCAUGGAUCUGCUUACUCAGGACAGCCCUGAUUCUUCCACCAGUCCCAAAGGGAAACGACCCACUGCUGCAGAGAGUAGCCCUGCAGUGAAGGAAGACAAGGUCCCGGUCAAGAAACAGAAGACCAGAACUGUGUUCUCUUCCACCCAGCUGUGUGUACUCAAUGAUAGAUUUCAGAGACAGAAAUAUCUCAGUCUUCAGCAGAUGCAAGAACUUUCCAACAUCCUGAAUCUUAGCUACAAACAGGUGAAGACUUGGUUCCAAAACCAGAGAAUGAAAUCUAAGAGGUGGCAGAAAAACAACUGGCCAAGGAACACCAGUGAUGUGACUCAGAAGGCCUCAGCACCCACCUACCCCAGCCUCUACUCUUCCUACCACCAGGGAUGCCUGGUGAACACAGCUGGGAACCUUCCGGUAUGGAACAACCAGACCUGGAGCAAUUCAACCUGGAGCAACCAGACCCGGAACAUCCAGUCCUGGAGCAACCACUCCUGGAACACUCAGACCUGGUGCACCCAGUCCUGGAACACUCAGGCCUGGAGCAGUCCCUUCUAUAACUGUGGAGAGGAACCUCUGCAGUCCUGUAUGCAGUUUCAGCCAAAUUCUCCUGCCAGUGACUUGGAGGCUGCCUUGGAAACUGCUGGGGAAAACCAUAAUGUAAUACAGCAGACCACUAGGUAUUUGAAUACUUCACAAACCAUGGAUUUAUUCCUAAACUACUCUACGAACAUGCCACCUGAAGAUGUGUGAAGAUGAAUGAAACUGACACUACUCAGUUUCACUCUGAGCACUGGCUGAAUCCUUUCUCUCACCUCCUCCCCUUCCUCGUAGGAUUUUUCUUGUUUGGAAACAACGUGUUCUGUUUACAUUAUGCCUACCCAGUCAAUCUGAAAGGAGGGUGGGGUAUGGUUGGAGCCUAAUCAGAGAGGUUUCUUUGUUUUUUCCUGUUGGAUCUUCCUGGAGAAAAGAUAUUUUAAUAACCUUGGCUACUAAGGACACCGUGAUAGAAGCUGUCUCUGGCUAGAGAUAAGUAGAUCUAAUACUAGUUUGGAUAUCUUUAGGGUUUAGAAUCUUAACCUCAAGAAUAAGAAAUAAAGUAUAAAUUGGUGUGAUGAA